UUUUAAACGAAAAAUCGAAAAAAAAUUGAAAACGAAAUAAACUAAAAAAUUGAAAAAAAAACUAAAAGUGAAAAAAGUUGGAAAUAUUCAAACGAGCCACAAAAAGGAUUACCAGAACUUUAAGUGGAUAACAAAUACCAAGAAUCAAAAUGAACUUGUAUUUCUUGCUGCUAGUCUCCCUCCUGUCCUGUCUGAUCGGUUACAGUCAAACAGCGGCCACCGAUAGUUUAACAGCCUCCGCAACCACGGCCAAGCCUCAGGGCUUUCAAUCACGUUCCAUAGAGGCCAACGAUGAUGAUCUCUUCGAGACACAGGCCCAAACACAUUUAGGUUAUAGACAACACCAACAGCAGCAACAACAACCGCUCUAUGAUUAUUCCCAAUCGGAAGAGGAUCAAGAGGAGCCACCACGUCCCGUCUAUCAAACACGUAAACAACAACAGCAACAAUAUCAGGGUGGCAAAGGAUCGAAGAAACAAUCAAGCGAAGAAGAAGUCGAGGAGGAAGAAGAGGAACCAGAUCGUCUGUCACUAUUGUUGGCCCAAUCGAAAUUCAAUUGCAAUGGAAAGACAACAGGUUACUACGCCGAUGACACACUCAACUGCGAAGUAUUCCAUUAUUGUCAGGAAAAUCAACGCCACUCCUGGAUCUGUCCCGAAGGUUUUACAUUCCAUCAAAUCCAUUUGAUUUGCAUGCCUCCCUCCAACGACAACUCAUGCCAACAAUCUUCGAAAUAUCACAUUGUCAAUGAGUAUCUUUACAAGCCAGUCAAUCUCCAAGAACAUCAAAGUAAACCCAAUGUAACUCUACGCUAUUCGGAACGUUAUUAUCCCGAGAAUUUCUAUGAUCAAGAUCGUGAUCGUUAUGAUGAAGAGGAUGAUGCUCCCAGACAACGUGUCCAACAUCAUAGACAACCUCUUCAAGUCGGCUUCCAUCACCAACAACAACCCCAACAACAACAGCAGCAACAACAUCACACCCAACCGCAAUACCAAAGACCCCAAACAUCUGUGGCUCCUCUGCAACAGCCUAUUCGCCAUCAGCCCGUACAUCAGCAACAGCAACAACAACAGCAACAAUACUCUCAGCCACAGCAAACCACGAUUUAUCGCAAACCCUUGCCAGUGACCACAAUUCAACCCCAAAUUCAACCUCAGAUUCAACAAAUUCGUUCGCAACCUCCAACACCGACCGCAACUCCAUCACCCUAUCGAUUCUUUACGGCCACACCACAAUUGCACCAUUUGCAACAGCAACAACCUCAACACCAGCAAGUCUAUAGAACUCCCGAAGAAAUCAAUAUUUCACUGCAACAGCGACGUCCCCAGAUCUUCAUAGCCAGUACUACACCGCGCUAUUAUGAGGAUGAAUAUUUGUAUGAAAGAAAGUAAGACCUGAUCGCGGUCUUGGCCUUUCAUCCAUUUAUUCUCAUCCUGAGCUUCCUCAAAUGUUUGGAUCAAAACAAAAAGAAUUUUUGCCAAUAAUCACAUCCUUCACAUGUUUGGCCUCUUGGCACAGUAUUGAAUAUAUUCUAUUUUCACCCAAUUCACCUCUUGUCCCACAUUUUGUCAAUAUACAAUACCACCCACAUACCUACAUACAUUUAUUUAAUUUGUAUUUUAUAUCCAUUUUAUAAUUUUAUUGCUUUAUAUCGCUCUACUACUACUACAACAACAACAAGAACUUUUUCUAGUUAUUUUAAGUUUAAUUUAAUUUUAUUAAGUUUUUUUUUUCUUUUUUUUCACGAAAUAAAGAAGAAAUACUGCGAAUAGUCCCAUAUAUAGAAAGCAAAAUACUCCUUAUUACAAAAAUGAAAAAAACCAGCAACAACAACAAAUGAGAUUUAUUUUGAAUAUAAGUUUUU